AUGAGGCUGUGUAACCGGGGAGUGAUGAUGCUGCUGACCACAGCGGGGGCUUUCUGCGCCUUCAGCCUCAUGACCAUCGCCGUGGGCACGGACUACUGGCUGUACUCCCGCGGGAUGUGCCGCUCCAAGAGCCAGAACGACAACGAGACCGUCCGCAAGAACGAGGAGGUGCUGACCCACUCCGGUCUGUGGAGGACCUGCUGUACCGAGGGGACAUUUCGGGGCGUUUGCAAAGACAUUGAUCACUUUGCUGAGGAUGCCGACUAUGAGCAGGAUGCUGCCGAGUAUUUACUAAGAGCAGUACGAGCCUCCAGCCUCUUCCCCAUCCUCAGUGUGGGAUUAUUAUUUCUUGGAGGAGUGUGUGUUGCUGCCAGCGAGUUCUACAAGUCCCGUUACAACGUCAUCCUCAGCGCGGGUAUACUCUUUGUCUCUGCAGGUCUCAGUAACAUUAUUGGCAUCAUCGUGUACAUAUCAGCCAACUCAGGUGACCCCAGCCAGAGCGACAACAAGAAGAGCUACUCCUACGGCUGGUCUUUUUAUUUUGGAGCUUUGUCCUUCGUGCUGGCUGAGAUGGUUGGCGUCCUUGCAGUGCACGUGUUCAUAGAAAAACACAGACAGCUUCGUACUAAGGGCCGACCAUCCCUCAUUAAGCCGCCCAUCUCCCGCAACUCAUCUUACUACCGCAACCGCUACUACCAUAACCGCAGCCGCCGGUACAGCUACAGGAGCAACCACAGCGGAGGGGACUCGACCUCACACUCCUUUCGAGCCUCCUUGGUGCGAGACAGAGAGCCGUCCCUCUCGGCCGAAUCCAAAGUCAUGGCAGGUUUGCCAACACCAGUGACAGUGGGCUCAGAGUUCAUGCUCUACACCUUAACCUCGCCUCUCAAGGACGGUAAGAUUGACAUGGCUGUGGAUGACUUAACGACUGCAGCUGCUCACAACAACACAGAGAUGCUGCCUGGAAACUGUGCUGCCAACAGAAGGACCACGCCUGUGUGAGAGGAGAGGCAGUGAAAGUGAGGAUGUAUGAAGAUUAAACACAAGAGGAACUUCUGUAAGACGAGAACAUUAAAUGAAAGGAAGUCCUCUCACUUUCUUGGUUAAGGAAGAGAGAAUACUUUGGAGACUGGAAUGGGGCUGCAACAACUUGCCUGUCAGAAAAUAGUGAACAAAUUUCCCCUAGCCCAAGGUAAUGUCUCCAAAUUGCUUGUUUUGUCUGACCAGCAAUCCAA